UCCCGCUCCCUCCCCCUCCCCUCGCCUCCUGUCACUAGGAGACCGAGAGAGACACUGAGGGAGAGCGAGCAGAUCCCGGUGAGGAGGGGGAAGGGGCCCGGAUUUCGGGCUUGCGGGCACCGAUCCGUGGUGCGACGGUCGAGGGGAGCCCCGGGGAAGGGAGGAAGGAGCCUCUGCCCCACAGAGGCGGCCAAAGGGCGCUGUUCGCGCGCGGGGGGAGGAAAGGGUUAAGCACCCCGUGUGUGACAGAGGGUGGGGCUGUUUUGUUAUGGGGGGCCCCACAGCAAGGGGGUGGGGAGGGCUCUCUGUGGGAUGGAGUGUGUGGGGCUCGUAUGUGGGAAGGCGGGGGGGGGGCGGCGGUGUCUGGCUCGCGAGUGGGGAUUUGGGGCGGGGUCGUGUGGGGCAGCGGUGGGUCUCCCGUGGCGCGUGGGCCCCGAGAUCGCGUCGGGGGCUGGCUCGCUUUCCAGAGGGGCGAUGCCCCAGGGCAUCUCUGCGCCUCAACGUCCUCUGCAUUUAGGGGUUGCGCCUGCACCCCCGUUUUCAUCCCGGGGGGGGGGGCUCAAGGGGGCGCGCGUGGUCGCCCCCUUCCCCAUCUAACCCCACCACCAGCCCUGCGAGGCAGGUAGAGGCUGAGAGCGCGCGGCCCAGGGAUGGGGGGAGGGGCUCGAUCUCCCAGGUCUUAGCCCCCCCCCCACUCUGAUCCCCUGCAGCACUUCUGGCUCGGGGGGAGGCGGGGGGGGCAGCAUCUGGCUGUGCUGCAGCGGAGAUAGAUGCAUGGAGGGCGGGGUGGGGGGGAGAAGAUUCCGCUCCUGCUCCAUCUCAGCCUAAUCCUUCCUCGUGCGGGGGGAGAGCGGCCAGGCGGCAUGGAGGGCAGGGAGGGGGCUGGGCUCGCCCGCGCGGGCUCAAAGGGGGCUUUGGGUUGGGCGCGCUCGCUUGGUUGCAGGGGGGAAGUCGGCUGGGGCCUCCGGGAGUCGAGGAAGGCAGAAUCCAGGCUUCCUUAUUUAGGCUCGUUUUCUCUUGGGUGGAUCUUGUUAUUAUUUGCAUAGAUCGCAGGGGAGGCAUUAAUUGGCUAGGUCAAGUUCAGAAACGUAAAAAAACAUAUUGAUUGGCAUGCUUUCGGUGGAUUCUUGUGGCCUAACUUAACCCCCCCGCAAACAAAUCUCGCUGCUGCAAGCGGAAGACAGCCAACCACGCCCUGGGCUCCCCGCCCCCCUCACUAGAAAGGAAAUACAUACAAUAAGCGAAUAGGAAGAGUGACUACCCAAGUGACGCUGACGCAAAAUCUGACACACACUGUACACUAAAUAAAAUAAGUGUUAACAACCACCCCUUCUCCCCACCCCUCUUUUCUUCCCCGACCCUUUAACUAUAUACAACACUAGUGGCUCAAAACAAAUGUAACUGAUAUGUAGAAAAGACAACCUGAAAAAAGAGACAAUGCUUGUGCUUUCGUAAGAAAACCUUUAAUAAAAUUGUUUUUUUUUUUAAAAAAAAGAAACAUAAGAGGACCCUUGUUGGAUCAGGCCAUGGAGUCCAGCAUCUUGUUCUUACAGUGACCACCCAGAUGCCCAUGAUGGGAAGCUGCCACAUUACCACUUUCCCCUCCUGCAUUAAGAAGCAGGUUGCCAAUAAGGGGCUUUUUAUUUGUCUUAUUUUGCUUCUAUGCCCUUCACAGCAGCUGACCGCUCAGCUUUUUCCAUCUGUAGGACAGGCAAAGUGUCACCCUGCCGGCGAUAUUUCUGAUAAAAUGGUAAUGGUAAUAGCUUUAUUAUUUAUACCUCACACAUCUGGUUGGGUUUCCCCAGCCACUCUGGGCAGCUUCCAGCAAAAUAUAAAAACAUAACAAAACAAAACAUCAAACAUUAAAGCCUUCCAGAUACAGUGUGGUGUUGUGGUUAAGAGCGGUGGGCUCGUAAUCUGGGGAACCGGGUUCUUGUCUCCGCUCCUCCACAUGCGGUUGCUCAGUGACCUUGGCCCAGUCAUACUUCUCUGAAGUCUCUCAGCCCCACUCGCCUCACAGAGUGUUUGUUGUGGGGGAGGAAGGGAAAGGAGAAUGUGAGCCGCUUUGAGACUCCUUCGGGUAGUGAUAAAGCGGGAUAUCAAAUCCAAACUCCUCCUCCUCCUCCUCUUCUUCUUCUGCCUUCUGAUGCUGGUAUAGCAAAAUCAGUUGCUGUUUUUUAAGGUUAGCAUCAUUGAGAAUGUGGGGUAGGGCUAGUGUGCCUAUCUCCCCCCAAGUCCACACUGCAUCCUUUAUUUUGCAAUACUGAAUGGGAGUGUUGGCGUUGUACUCUAGCUCCUUUCUCUUCAUCCUUAAACCUAGAUUAUGUAGGACAUGAAAUGGGAGCACAGAGCCUGGCUCAGAGGUCGAAAUCUCCCAAAGCAGCAGCAGCAGCAGCUGUUCGGCUUAACAGGAAAUGCAUUUUAAUAGUGUGCCUUUGAUCUCAUUCUUUUUUUUAAAAAAACACCACAUAGCCUUGAUCUCAGUAAUUCGCAGUAAAUGUUGUGCAUCCCUCACAACAAAACUACAGGAACCCUACAGCCUACCUGCGUCUUUGCCGACCUAGUGUCCUCCAGAUGUUUUUGCUGGUGCUGGCAGCAGCUGUUGUUGAAAACGUCUGGGGGGACCAGGCUGGCAGAGACUGACCUACCUUGUCCCUCAGAAGCUUUUGACUAUGGCUGAUCUACUGUAGGCUAGCACCUGCUCUCACAGUGUCUGACCAGUUGCUCAUGGUUUUGAAAAGCCACAAGGAUUUGAACACCAGACCCCUCUCCCCUCCUGUGUUUUCCAGCAAUUGGUACUCAGGAGCGUUGCUGCUUCUGACUGCAGAGGCAGAGCAUAGCCAUCGUGGCUGGGAGACACCAACAUCCCUCUCUUCCUCCAUGAAUUUGUCUAGUCCUCUCUUAGAUCCAUCCAGGUUGGUUGCCAUCACUGCCUCCUGGGAAACGAGUUCCCUGAUUUUUAACUCUGCGCUGCGUGAAGAAGUUAGUUAUUUUAUCUGUCCUGAAUCUUCCAACAUUCAGCUUCAUUAGGUGUCCACAAAUUCUAGCUUUAGGAGAGAGGGAGAAAUACUUUCCUCUAUCCAAAAACAGCAUCCAUCAAGUUACAUAUUAAAGGAAACAGAGCCAUGUAGCAAGGAUGCUGAGGCCUUAUUUGCAAACCUGCAAAUGUCCACCCUGCCCUCUUGAAGAGCGUGCAGAGUAACUUGCCCACCUCCCUCUUUCCAACAGCUGCUGCUCUGGGUUUUCCAGUGGAGUCAGCCCCAUUGGUUCUGAUGUGUUUGCUAAUCUGAUUGGUUUGCUAAUCUGCAUAAUCCUCUAGAUGGGAUGGGGAACCCUUUUUAGCCUGAGUUCUCAUGUGGCUAACCUUCCAUUUAAACUCCCCCAUCUCUUACAUUAACAGGGAGGGGUGGGUGGGUAGCUAUCUGUCAUGUAUGAUCUUGUUGGGAUUCCUGCAUUGCCUGGGGUGUGCUGGAUGACCCUCAAGAUCCCUCCCAGCUCUACAAUUCUGUGGUUCUACCUGGGCUUUGUUACUUUUAAACCCAACUGUGCUCAUUCUAUGUUAUUUAGUUUUUCAUCUUUCAGUUUUUGACUAUUGUAAUUGUUUCUCUGUUUUAUAUAUAUAUUAUAAAAUGAAAUUUUAUUAAAUGAAUCGAAAUGAACCCACUGAGUGUCAUUUUACAGUCAAUACAUAUUUAUUUAUUCCAUAAAAUUUAUAUACCGCUUGACUGUAAAAAAAGAAAAGGACCCUCAAAAUGGUUUUUAAAAAGGUAAAACAAUAAAACUGGGAAAAAAUCACACCAUAAAAAAACAAAACAGGGAGGGGGACCUCGAUGCAGACAGAGAAGUCCCCAUGGGCCAGAACUGAUGCCUAGGCUAGACACCCCAUUUGAGGGAGUCAUAAGUUCUCACACAACUAGUAGCCCUUUGCCUCGCGAUUGGAGCUGGGCUCUUAUUUGCCUGUUGUUGUUUUUUUGGCAAUUGUGAAUUCACUACAGAGGGGACUGAGCAGCAGCAGUCCCCAGCAGCUGGACCAGGCUGAUGUUUCCCCUUUGCUGACCACAUCCUUCCUGGCCUGGAGGGAGGAGGCCAGUGCACUGUCACCCCAUGCUUGAGGCAAGAGAGUUCCCCCUGCAAUGACAUGGGUUCUGUCCUGGGGCUCAUUCUCACAUCACUUGGUGCCUCAUGGCAAAUCCUCUCGUGCCAGAUGUUGUUCAUCCCCAUUCCGAGGUAGGCUCCCUCUGCAUCUGGAGGCUCACUCUGUCUCUCAUGGCUAACAACCUUUGUGGACCGCCUGAGCUGGUUUUUAAAGAACCCUGGGCCAUCACUCCAUCUUUGGGUAACCUAUUCCCUGCACACCACAUUUCCUAGACCAGAACUAGAGAUGCUUCCCCCCCCCCGCCCCCCGCUAUUAUUCCACGUUUUGGGCUCCUGAGCUGCUGCUCGCAUCUCUUGUUUCACGGGAGAAUCUCGCUUCCUUGUUUUGAUUUUAAUCACUGAGCAACUGCAUCCCAGAUGGCGAGCAGAGUGCUGUAUGCAAAUCCGUGGCGGAGGGAGCAGAUCUGGCUCAGGAUAAAGGGAAGGAUUAAAAAGGGGUGGUGCUAAACCGGAAUCCUCCGUGUCAGUGCUCAUAGGUGUCAGUGUCAGUGCUAUGCAGGUGGCUUGUUCAUUUGCAGGCUGAGCAAAUGGUAGGCGUGGGCAUUACGGUAAGUCCUUCUGGGACCUGAAGAGGUAGGAGGGGGGGGAGUGUAAAGGCUGUAUUUGGAGCAGAAGUGCAGUCGUUGAGCAAGGUCACUGAGAGUUCAAUGUGUCCUUUCCCUUAAGACUGCCAUGCACCCCGUCCACCUCUUCAAAGCCAGCGAUGAAGAGGGGCAGGUCUCACACCCCUGAGUGAGAUUUCAUCCACACUCAUCCCUGUAACCUUUAUAGGGGCAGAGCCUGCUCCUUCUCUCUGCUUCUAGAGGCUGAGGUUGAGCUUGCACCUCUCCUUUAAGCUCACUCUAACCCACCCAAGUUGGACCGAGGAAGAACUCGGACAACCCUCCAAAGGUCCAUUUUCCAGUGGUCUUUCCGAGCAAAGCCAGGGCUGCAACUGAGCUUCUGUUAACCCUCUGUGCAUUCUCUUGGCAGCUCCCCACAAUGACUACCCUGGACGACAAGCUGCUGGGUGAAAAACUCCAGUACUAUUACAGCAGCAGCGAGGAGGAGGACAGCGAGAAAGAAGAGGAGGGGGAGGAGCAGCAGCAUGGCUCCCCCCAGGAUGCCACGGAACCCAGGAACGUGGUGCUGAGCAGCGAUGGCAGUGCGGUAAACACAGGUGUGCCUCCCUUUCCCCCAGGUCCCCGAAUUCACCUACGACUUCCUUAGGGCUGAGCCGAUCAGUUGCAUUUAAUACGCACAAAAGAUCCUUUAAGGCUAGUCUGCUGGGGAACGUUUUACUUAGUUUUAUUUUAUUUUGUAAAAUGUAUAUACCAAAACAACAACAACAAUGACAACACCUGAAAACGUUUUACAAAAAAAAUCAGGAAGAAGGAUUAGCAGCAAUGUUUUAAGACUUUCAGAAAGCUAAAGUGACAGUAGACUAAAACAGAUUAAAACUCACAUCAGCUUUCUAUUCGUGUUGACACAUUAAAUGAUUUAUAAAACUACAGGUGAGGAUCUCAAACUAUAUCCUUGUUCUUCCUGUGUGUGACAUUAUUAUUAUGACUGGAAUGUAAUUGAAAUCAACAAGAUUUUGGAACGCAGAAAUAAAGAAAACCAUCAACUCAUCAAUUCUAGCACGUGGGGGGCCGCCUUAUCUAAAUUAUAUAAUUUGGUAUUUGAAUGAUUGAUAUUAUUGAUUGUAUCAUAAAUUGGUAUUGUUAUAAUGAGGCUAUUAUUGGAUAACAAUUGAAAAUUAAUAAAAAUUAUUAUUAAAAAGCUCACAUCAGCUUUCAAAACAUCUGCGUAGACUUGUCCAAGCAAAAAUGUUUUUCAGCAAUUUUGUUGACAAAUAGGCAGGGAGUUCUAAAGUGUAGGUGCUGCCACACCAGAAUAUUGAGUUCUUACAAAUGUGGAACAAGUAUUAUGUGCCAGCUCUGCUGAUUGAAGCAGUUGAAUGGGCAUUUGUGGGGCAAGGCAAUCUCAUUGGUAAUGUUGGAGGUGUUUCCUUCUUUGAAAAUAGGGUAGGAAUCCCCAAGUUAAAUGCAGAAAGGUGUAACUCUUCCAGAUAUUUGGAAACCCUCCACAAUUGUCCAGCUGUCAAAGCUGUGUAAGAGAUCCACCUCUUGGCUCCUGCCUGGAAGAAGCUUCCCUGUGGUAGCUGUCCCACGCUGGGAGGUAAGAGCCUGCCUCACUCCAGAUCCAGCCGUUGGUCCCUUCUGCCCAGGAUUCUAUAUUCUGACUGGCAAAGGCUCACCAGGGACUUGUGCAGAGACAUGUCUUUUUCCAGAACCUGUUCUCUCUCUGGUAUUAUCUUUUAUAUGUGGUUUUUAUGUUGUAUUGUAUUUUAUAUUGUAUUAUUUUAUGAAUAGCAUUAUAUUCAUAUGCAUAUAAAUUUACAAACAUUUAUUUGUUAUUUUUCUAUAAAAUACCCAUUAUGGGGUUUGUGCUUUAAUGGGACAUUUGGAAUUCCCUGCUAGCUCUUGACUGGGACGUAAGCAGAGCCCUGCCCAUAGAAGGGGGGACCCUUCUAGUCCAGCUUCCUGUUCCUACGGUGACCAUUCAGGUGCCCCAAUGGGAAACUACCAAGGAAGCCCUGAGUGUGAGAGCUCGUUCCUCCUGUGGCUUCUUGCUAACUGGUGUUAACAAUUAAUACAUUCUUUUAGGUGGGGUGGGGGCGCUUUUGUGUCAGUUUCACUUGGGUUGGUUCUCUUUCUAUUCAUGCCAACCUUUUAAAUGCCUGCUGACAACUUUUCUAUUAUCACCUGCCCUAUGCAGGCAAUGAAGAAUACAUCUUUCCACAAUGGUUAUAAUUGACGUCUGUUUUUAACCAUUUUAAUGGUUAAUAUCAUAUGUUUUUAUUGCUAUAAACCGCUGUAAUAUAUGUUUGUUUACUGCCUCUGUGGAGACAGAGCUUAGCCCUUCUGGCUAGUAGCCUUGCCACCCAAGCUGGUCGUCAUUGCUGCCUCCUGUGGGAGAGAGUUUUGUAGUUUUAACAGUUCAGCCAUGCACUACGUAAAGAAGUGGUUUCUUUUCUCUCUUCUGAAUCUCUCCAGAGUUCAUCCACAACUGUGAUGUUCAGAGGUUUGUCCAGAGUCCUCUGUCCUCAGGCAGGAGUGUUUGUGUGUGUGUGUGUAAUCCAUACAGGAUUUUACUUGAGCUCAAGGCCAGCCUGCUCCUCAUAUCUGAGCUAAUCCAGCCUCCCCCAUUUGGCUCCCCAAAGGGGAGCCCUCAAGCAGGGCCUGAGUCCAAGAGCACUCUCACCCGCCCUGCCCUGUGCCUUUCAGCAACUGCUGUUCAGAAGCACCACUGCCUCUGACUGUGGAGGCAGAGGCACAGGCACCGUCUGUUAUUGAUGUGGCAAGUUGCUGCUGCUGUUGCUGCCUGCUUCAUCCCCUCCCUCCCUCCCUCCCCAGGCCCCAAAGGGGUGAUCAACGACUGGAGGAGAUUCAAGCAGCUGGAGACAGAGCAGCGGGAGGAACAGUGCCGGGAGAUGGAGCGCCUCAUCCAGAAGCUCUCAGUGACAUGCAGGUCCCACCUGGAUGACGAGGAGGACAAGCGGAAGCAGAAGGAGCUCCAGGAAAAGCUGAAUGGCAAGGUAACAGGCACAGGAAGAGGGGCAUCCCUGGAGCAGGUGCUGUUUUGCAGCUGGCGGGGGACCACCUGCCCUGAGUGGCACUUAGCACCUGGUGGUAGAGCUGCCAAGUGUUCAGGGCGCAGCUAGCAAGGGGAACCUGCAGCCCUCUGGGUAUUUUUGGAAUCUAGAUCCCAUCAACCAGCGCGGCCCACAACCCAGGGUGAUGGGGAGUUGGAGUCCCCAACUGCACCUGGGGUCUUGUGCUUGUGCCGCCUCUGGAGUAAAUCAGUUAAAAAACAGGCAGGCAGGGGGCAGGGGAUUUCAGGCAGGGAGGAGUGCAGGUGGGUUAACUGUCGGGGUAACUUAGUAGCAAGGGCUGGCCUGUCCAUUGGCCUUGGUGAGGCAGUUGCCUCAGGAGAGGGGCAGCAGAUCCUGGGCGUCCAGAAGUGCACAGCUCACCUCCUCCUGCUCUUGCUGCUUUUGGUGGAUGCCUGGGAAGAGCAGGACUGCUGCCACCUGUGCCUCUCUGUCAUCCUUCUUUUCUCUCCCAUUUCCUCCAGCUAUCUGCAACUGCCCUGAGUCGUCUCAGGCAAAGGCAGCUGUAGGAGGGCACCAUUGACUGUUUUGCCUAAAGUGGCAAAAUGUAUUGUGCCGGCAGUGCCUCGCUUGUUGGGAACUUCCUUUCCAGCUUCUGAGCUGUCCUCCAGCAAGUGCCAAUUUAAGCCGCUUUUGUUUAGUGCUCCAGUUGUAAUCAGCAUCUUUUUCUUGAUAUUAUGCAGCUCAGCCCAUGCGUGCCAGGAGGAGGGGGCGGAGGAGGGGGCAACGGGAGGACAGGAGGGUGGAAAUUUACGUUCCGCCUUGAGUGGCACAGGGCCUUGGGCCACCCCUGACUGAGGAGGCAGCCUGUUUCCCCAGCUCACCCUGCAGGAGUACAGUGCGCUGCGUGAGGGCCCAGAUGACGAGGAGUUCCUGCAGCAGUACCGCAAGCAGCGCAUGGAGGAGAUGCGGCGGCAGCUGCGCAGCGGGCAGUACUUCAAGCAGGUCUUCGAGAUCCACAGUGCGGAGGCCUUCCUGGACACCAUUGACAAGGGGCCCAGAAAUACCCUGGUGAUGGUCCACAUUUACGAGGAUGAUGUCCCAGGGGCCGACUCCCUCCAUGGAUGCAUGGUCUGCCUGGCCACUGAGUACCCCGCAGUCAAGUUCUGCCGAGUGCGGAGCUCCCUGAUCGGCGCCAGCUCCCGCUUCACCACCAGCGCCCUGCCGGCCCUCCUGGUCUACAAGGGUGGGGAACUGGUGGGCAACUUUGUCCGUAUCACUGACCAACUGGGUGAGGACUUCUUCGCCGGGGACCUGGAGGGCUUCCUGCAGGAAUGCGGCCUGCUCCCUGAGAAGGACCUGGUGCUCCUCACCUCCGUCCUCAAUGCCUCCUCCUCCUGCCUCAGCGACGACAGUGACCUGGAGAUCGACUGAGGGCAGGCUAGGGUGAGCAGAGAGGCACCUGUGAACAGGCAAGUAGAAAAGCCCACCCUUUACUAGCCCCUAGAAGGCAGUUACCCAGUUGCCACACACACACAAACACACAUACCGUUCCCAAAUGGAGGAGCCACCUCAAGCCUCCAGCUGAAACCUGUCCAGCAGCCUGUGGCCUCUUCCCUGCCUUCCCACCACAGAGCCCUUGCCGCUGCUCCUGAUGGGUCUCCAAGCCUAGUUGCUGCUUUGCUUUUAUGCUUUUAUGGAUCUUGCACCUGUAUUUUGCACAAGCAGGCAUUUUGGCCAGGAGCUGGACGCCAGCAACCCACCCUCCCAAAGGAGUAGGCCUGCAUGGGGCUCACACGAACCCCGAGGUGUCAAAUGGGGUGGGGGAGUUGUGCUGAUGGGAGUUCUAGUCCAAAGCACCUUGAGGGGACCCAGGCUGGCAAACACUGUUGCAGACCAUAGCUCAGUCCCAGUAGUUGGCUUGGUAAGUCUGGCUUUUCUCUCCGGGGGUCCUGGGCAUUCCUAGCAUUCAUUUAACAACCCUUGAUGUGUUGCUCUGUACAACAUCGCCCUCAACAGCAGGUUGCCCUAUGCUUGUUUGUGGAUGUUCAUCCCCUGUGUUAAUCUACAAGACAUGACCUUCUGCCCUGUUCCUCCAGCAGAAAUGGACUCUAUUUUGCUAAGCUCUCUUUGAAAAUGUGUGACGUAUUCCUAACAGUUUUUAAACUAAUGCAAUAAAGACAUGAAUAUUAUUAA